UUGGGCUUAGCCUCCAGCGCUUGCGAAACGGAUUUUCAGUAGGUACACGAAUGAAGUGGAAUUGAAGUGUUUUUCUAUUUGCUUAUUUUGUUGCAGCAAUAAAAAAGGACGGUAAACAACAAAAACGAAAAUAUAUGUACAUAUGUACAUACAUACAUACAAAGAUAUUAACAAUUAAAAGGAAAAUAAAUACAUUUUAAGAAAAUUACUAAAUAUCAAAAGAGCUGUGCUACCGUCAAAACAAAACACAAUGACGCGUCUCACCGAGGAAAUGGUUAUUGCCCGCUCAAAGCAAUCCGAUUUGGGGUCCAUCAAAAAACUCAACUGCUGGGGAAGUGAUCUCAGCGACGUCUCCAUAAUUAAAAGAAUGCGUGGUGUUGAGGUUUUGGCGCUGAGCGUCAACAAAAUUACCACAUUGCAACCAUUUGAAGACUGCCACAAACUUCAGGAAUUAUAUUUGCGUAAAAACAACAUACAGGAUAUUAAUGAAAUCGCUUAUCUGCAAAGCUUGCCUGCUCUCAAAUAUUUAUGGCUGGAGGAGAAUCCGUGCUGUGAUCGGGUUGGGCCCAAUUACCGCCAAACAGUGCUUCGCGCCCUGCCAAAUCUGAAGAAGCUGGAUAAUGUUGAGGUGACACAGGAGGAGCUCGAUGAGGCUUUGCGUGGUGGCGGCGGCGGCAGCGGCAGUGGUUCCGGCGGGACGCGAGAAGAGGAGGACGUGUACGAGGAUAGCUAUGCGCAACAACAGCCAACACAGCGUUAUGAACAGCCCUCACCUCCUCAGCAGCAACAACAACAACAACAACAACAACAUCUGCAGCAAUCACAACAAAAUCAGUACCCGCCACAACACAGACAACAACAACAACAACCACAAGCGGCGUCACAGUACCAACAUAAUUCGUCACCGCAACAAUAUCAGCAGCGCCGCAGUUCGAGUCCAAUGAAAGAGCCCUCGCAACAAAACAGUCCGGCAAAUACAGAGGAAAGCGCCAGCGAGCCGAGCAAAAGCAAUGAGGUAUCGAAACCAGCCUCACCCGCACAGGUAUUUCGUGCUCCCAACUGCAUUCAUGAGCCAGUUGCUGCGCAUACACCUUCACCGAAAUAUAAUUCAUACACGAACGUGAAUCGGUUGUCCUAUCAUCAAAAUGAUCGCUCUCCGGGCUCGGAUCAGGAUAGUCCGCAUGUUGGGUACCGGGAGCGUGCGCCUAUCCCACCUAGCAUAUCUACACAAUCGAUGAAGGAAUACUACCAGUCUGAUCGUCCGUCAUAUCCUGCCCAUUACCGUCAUAGCCAAACCGAUUUGACUGAGUGGGAGGAACAGCAGCAGCACAAUCAAUUUGGCAGCACUGCUGCAUUGCAUCAUGCCGGCAGUGGUGGUCCGCGUCGAAGUGAGGUCAGUGACCGUUAUGCUUAUCGCAAUGGCAGCGCGCGUGAAAAUGGCGGCGAUUGGGAUGACGCGGAGCGACCGCGAGCCAGGCGGCCCGAUGGACGUUACAGUGACUCAGCUAGCACCGUUUCAACAGCUGUACUUAAUCAUUAUUCGGGCUAUCAUAGGCGCCCCAUAAAUCGGAGUUCGAAUUUGCUAUCGGCAACUUUGUGUCUCGUCAAAGAGCUGGACUACCCGAGCUUAGAGGUGGUGGAGCACGCCGUGCGUUGUCGCAUCGAUGAACUGUCGGCAGACUGAUGAUGAAUGCGCCGCAUGCCGUCCUGUUGAGGAAUGCGGCGGCAACCGUGAGACGGACACGCUGUACAGUUGCCAGUGUCACUUCGAACACACAAAAAAAAACAA